AAAUGUCAGGAUUGAAGUCAAAAAGUUCGAGAUGUUCAGGAAACUGAGUUUGGUCUUUGUGGUCACUCUCCUAACCAAAGGGUGUGAAUGCCAACUGAGUGUGUGUGGUAGAGCCCCUCUCAACACAAGGAUAGUGGGGGGACAGAAUGCCCCUGAUGGUGCGUGGCCAUGGCAGGCAAGUCUUCAUAAUGUCCAUGGUCAUUUCUGCGGUGGAUCCCUUAUUAACCAAGAAUGGAUUCUGACAGCAGCUCACUGCUUUCCAGGUAACCCUGAUCCUUCAGCCUUUACGGUGUAUCUGGGCCGAGAGAGUCAGGAACAAUCCAAUCUAAACGAGGUGUCCAGAUCUGUCUCUCAAGUCAUAACGCAUCCACAAUAUGAUGAAUACACUCAUGACAAUGAUAUGGCUCUGCUUCAACUCUCCUCACCUGUGAAUUUCACUGCAUACAUCAAACCAGUCUGUCUGGCAGCAGAGGGAAGCACAUUCAAUAAUGGCUCUGACAUGUGGGUUACAGGCUGGGGAGACAUUAGUUCAAGUGUAUCCCUUCCUUCACCUCAAAACUUGCAGGAUGUGCGUGUGCCUGUAGUUGGUAACAGGCAGUGUGAUUGCCUUUAUAGAAAUGCACAGAUAACAGACAACAUGAUGUGCGCUGGACUGUUGGAGGGUGGAAAAGAUUCAUGCCAGGGUGACUCUGGAGGUCCAAUGGUCAUCAAACAGGGCUCUGUUUGGAUUCAGGCUGGUGUUGUGAGUUGGGGUUAUGGUUGUGCUUUGCCUCAGUACCCUGGUGUGUAUGCCAGAGUUUCUAACUACCAGUCGUGGAUCAGCGGGUACACCACAACAAAUGAGGCUGGUUUCAUCAGUUUUACCUCCAGCUUCCCUGAGGAGGAUGAGAAUGUGACCUGUAGCACACCAGCAAUAUUGUGUGGAAGAAAGCGUGACAGUUCUACAAAUGUAUGGCCAUGGAUGGCUAGUCUAAAGUUUUAUGGUGAGAAUGCAUGCAUGGGAACUUUGGUCUCUCCAAACUUUGUCAUGACCACUGCUAGCUGCUUUUCAAGAUCCAUGAAUCAGUAUGCAUGGACAGUGGUCCUCGGGUUUGACCCAUGGGACUGCUCCAACAGCCUGGAGGUGUCUGUUGGCGUGGCAAAUAUCAUUUAUGACUUUUCUGCAGGCAACAGUGUGGCACUUGUCGAACUGGCUAGUUCACCAGAACUCUCAGAUUACAUUAACAUUGUAGCAGUUGACAUGUAUAAUUUACCUUUUGGCCCUGGUACUCAAUGUAUGGUGGUUGGUUGGAACUCUGGAGAUGGCACAUCUGUACCAUUUCUUCAGGAAUUUCAGACAAGCAUUGUAGAAUGUGGUCCUUUAAUCGAUCCUUCACUCCACAUCUGCACAGAGCCUUUCGACGUACAGCAGGAUGAUGAAGGCAGUCCUCUGUUGUGUAAAAUGAGUGGCACGUGGUUUCAGAUUGGUUCCUUGGCUUUGGACCGCAGUAAUUACUUUUUUAAUGACAUGAUCAUCAACCCGGAUUCCAACACCAUGGCUGGCUUUCCAAAAGUCUUCAUCAGAACCACUCCCCUCAGCUCCUUCCUGAGUAACACUCUCUACAACGUUCCAUCCAUUUUCGAUGGGGCAGAGUCAUUCUCACCUCUCUCUCUCACCUGCAUCCUUCUACUCUCUCUCCAAGCACUCCUCCAAGCUUUUUAUUGAAGUUUGAUCCCUGUCACUUUAUCACUGACUAUACUACUGACACAGGCUGCCAAAUAAUAAAUUGUUUUUCAGUUAUAAAGACCACUUUAUUUAGGCCUUUUGCUCUUAUAUUAGAACUGUAAGGUACAUAAAAAUAACCUUUUUAUAUUAAGGAUGUAAACUAAAUGAAUAAAUAAAAUGUUGUGAUCAUUAUAAUGUGUCUAUUCUAU